AUACAGAUUGCUGUCGUUAGCUUUGCGUCUGCCUGCCUGGCUUGUUGAAGUUGUAACUGUCAAGCUAGGGUUACUGAUGUAACAGGCUUUUUAAAACCUCUUGCAGCUGCUUCUCUGUGAAACUGUGCUUGUCAAUCUGGGUGAGCAGCAGUCUGGCAUUUCAGUAAAAGUCCGGGUAAGGUCUGAAGCAUUUUAUGUAAGUAAUCGGAUAAACAAGAACACCAUAAAAGUGGCUGUCGUUAAUGUAUCGAUAAAGGAGCUGGACAGUGUACAGUCAAGCACAAUAGAUCACAGCUCUCCCUCUCGCCAUCUAGCAUCCAGCCCCCACCCCUACCCCCACCCCCAACGGCAGGAAAGGAAGCCCUUGUGCGGGGUGAUCGUGACUGAGGAGUUGUUUGAGAUUUGACACUUUGGAAAAUCUGCUGCAUCGGCAGUCCUUCGGAGAAAGUGUCCAAUAAGGGAUUUCAUUCCCACCCUUUCACCUCUUGAAAGUCUGAACCAGUCACAAGACCAACUCUGUUUCAGCUGGAGAGUUUCCCAGAGGAAUAUCAAUGACAUGUCCGAUAUUAAAGGCGCAGAUUCAUUCGGUUCUGGGAUGAUGACAUUCCUGAUUAAGAUACUGGCAGAAAUUUGCUGAAAGCACUUAAAAACUGGGGGUGUGGAUUGUGAAAAUAACAUGCUGGGCCUCGGUGACUCCGACAUGUCAACUGCUCGAUACAACCCAGGAUUUGAGAUGGAAUUUGGUUUCAGUGAUGACAUGGAAACCAAAGUACAAAUAGAUGAUGGGAAAAUGGAAUGCGUCGGUCCGGACACCUGGUACAAUCAGGUCAAGAAAAUGAUUGCACCUUACGUGAUGUCAUUCUGGUUUCGGAUUUUUGGUAUUGUUCUUAUAAUUGUUGAUGUUGUUCUUGUAAUUGUGGAUUUAUCAACUGCAAAUAAAAGUAAGCCCUUCAGGCACGGAAUUGUAGGCGUGUCACUGGCUAUAUCUUUCUUCUUCGUUAUUGAUGUCCUCCUUCGAAUCUUUGUGGAAGGGUUUCGUGUGUACUUCCAUUCUAAACUCAACAUUUUGGAUGCUGUGAUUGUGGUGGUGACCCAGGUUAUUACUAUGGUGUACGCCUUCUCUGAUCUGAGUGGUGCAACUCUCAUUCCCAGGGUGGUGACUGUCUUUCGUGUUCUACGAGUUGUCAUCUUGGUUAGAAUUUUCCGGCUUGCUUCACAGAAGAAGCACCUUGAAAAGGCCACCAGAAGGAUGGUGUCUGAGAACAAGAGGCGCUAUCAAAAGGAUGGGUUUGACUUGGACCUUACUUACAUUACUGAUCGUGUUAUCGCCAUGUCCUUUCCCUCCUCUGGGAAGCAGUCGCUGUACAGAAACCCAAUUGAGGAAGUUGCACGAUUCUUCGACACCAAGCACAAAGAUCACUACAAAGUUUACAACCUCUGCAGUGAAAAGGGGUACAAUCCAAGGUUCUUCCAUUACAGAGUGGAGCGUGUGUUUAUUGACGACCACAAUGUACCAGCUCUGGAGGAUAUGCUGAAAUUUACAGCUAAUGUUCGGGAUUGGAUGGCAGCUGAUGAGAAAAAUGUAAUAGCAAUUCAUUGCAAAGGUGGUAAAGGCAGGACCGGCACAAUGGUCUGUACCUGGUUAAUUGACAGCGAUCAGUUUGAGAAUGCAAAGGAAAGUUUGGAUUACUUUGGAGAACGACGAACGGACACAAGUGUCAGCUCAAAGUUUCAGGGAGUGGAAACUCCUUCCCAGAGCAGAUACGUUGGGUAUUACGAAGUGAUGAAGAACGAGUACAAACGGCAGCCACCACCUCCGAAGAAACUCAAAAUGAAAAGUAUCAGAAUCUAUUCAAUUCAUGGAGUUGGUCGAAACAAUGGUAGUGACUUGAAAGUUGAAAUCAUCGUGAAGAAGGUGCUGGUAUUUCAGUGUGUGUGUGCGACACAGGAAAACUGUAAGCUUUUCUUUGAUGCCGGGAGCAACUCUGCUAUAAUUAGUUUGGAGAACGGUCCCGAGGUCAGCGGAGAUGUCAAAGUCAGAUUUGAAACUAAUGGGGGCCUACCUAAAGGUUAUGACGACUGUCCUUUCUACUUCUGGUUCAACACAUCCUUCAUUGUAAAUAAUAGGCUCUGCUUGUCCAGGGAUGAACUCGAUAACCCCCACAAGCCAAAAACCUGGAAAAUCUACACCGAAAAAUUUGCAGUUGAGGUGAACUUUGACGAACCCGAUUCCAGUUAAUCCCGUACCACCUCUGGCCAGAGACGUGGAGAUGACGCCAGGCAGUUUGUGAUGUAAAUAUUAUUUGUGGGAAGUGUGCCACUGCCUUCUGUGGGGAGGAGGGAGAGAUUACUGUCCCUAUAACUAUAGUAUUGUCACGGUACUAUAUUGUGGCAACUCCUAAUUACUGCAACACAUUCCAGUUUAAAAACUUUUUUUUUUGUACUGAAUGGAAAACAAAUGUUGUCAAAGUGGCAGCCUUCCCUGAUAAUGCCGAGCCCUUUCCAUAAGAUUGCCAGUGUUGUUUACCUCAAAGAGGGUUGAUUGUCAGUGAUCCCAGGACUGGAUUAGAUGUUUUUUUAAAAAGAACCUUUGAUAUUUUUACCCGUUCACAGCUUACUUUGUCUGACAGAACACGGACAAUCGGCAAUGUUACGACAGCAUUAGUACAAUGUGAUCUUCCGCUCCCCGUCCCCUUCAGCUGAUUUUUAUUUUUGUUUUCUUUCCCUUACACUUUGUCAUGAGUGCCCUCUGCACGAGUAGCCUGAAUGUAUUUAACAGUCGUUGUGCAGUAUUCAGAUCCCGGCAAGAGACCUCUUUGGCUCGGGGCUCAGCCACAGCACUGCACAUGUGGAGGGGAAAAGGUGUGAGGAAACGCCCACGCUGGCAUUAUCCUGUUGAGUGAUCUGAUUAUUCGAAUCUGCCUAAUGAAGUGGUACUCCACCUGCUACAGACCCUCGAGCCUAGAUCACUUUCAAUGGAACUUUGUACAUUUCUUGUCUGAUUCACUAGCACGAUUGUAGCAUGGGUGGUAAUGUUUAACUAUGAUAAAACGCAUCUAUCACUGUAGAGUUCUUGAAUUUCUCAAUAAACAGUAAAAUGCCAA